AUGAUUUCUCAACAAGAAGCGGAGAGAGUUGUAUUGCAAAAUAGUCAAAACACAAAAGAAAUAACGAACAAUUUCGGAAUAAUAGCAAGCGAUGAAAAAGUGAAUGAACGGAGAGUGAUUAAAAUUGCAAUUAUCGGAUCCGGAGUUGCAGGAUUGUCAUUAGGACUAGCGUUGAGAAGAUUCAAUCAAAAUCCAAAAAUUAAUUCAAAAUAUAUCAUUGAGGAAUGUAUCUAUGAGAAAGAUGCUUCAUUUGAUUCACGAGCUCAAGGAUAUGCCUUAACGAUACAAGGAAAUGGUUUAUCGGUUUUGAAAAAAUUAAAACUUGAUCACAAGAUGAAACAACGAGCAGAUUGUAUGAUUAAAUCAAACAAAACGUAUUCCAUGACUCGGGAACAUGGAAUGCAAUUCAUGUCAGGAACAGAAAAGAAAAUGAAGAAAGAUAUGAACUUUCCAUUGCCCAGACAAGAAGUACGAAAAAUCAUGUUAGAGGCCUAUGAAGAAGAAAGCGGUCAAGUUCAGUGGAAUAUGGGCUUACGGACAUUUAAAGAAGAUUAUGAAACCAAUAAGGUCGUGGUUACAUUUGAGAACAAUACAACAAUGGAAUGUGAUUUAUUGAUAGGGUGUGACGGAUUAAUGUCGGCAGUGAGAAGAGAAAUGCAACUUGAUGAAGAUCAAGAUUGCUCAUGCAACGGCUAUGGAGUAGGAGACGGUUAUGGACAAGCUCAAUAUCUUGGUGUGGCCAUGAUUAAUGGAAUUGCGGAUGUCACAAAUAAUGACAACUUACGAAAAUUAACAAAAGAUGCAGUUUUUCAAGUGCUGGAUGGCCAUUCCAGAUUGUUUGUAAAACCAUUUAGCAUGAAUCAAUCCAUGUGGUUAUUGACCUAUCCAUUGGACAUGGGAACAACUGAAAUGGAAGAGUAUCUCAACCACAUUUUGCCUUCCAAAGAAAAGCUAAAAGAACAAGCAAUUGCCAAAGUGGCAACAUGGUCACAGCCAAUUCCACUUUUUAUUGGCAACACUCCUGUGGAGCUUAUUAGAGGGGGUUUAUUGCAUCAGUCCAAACAACUGUCAUCUCUUCCUUCAAACAAAUUCAAAAUGACCACCAUCAUUGGCGAUGCGAUUCAUGCAAUGGCUCCAUUCAAAGGUCAAGGAUUCAACAAUGCAUUGUGUGACGUCGAUGAGCUGGUUGGCCUGCUAGAAAAACAUUUAAUUACUGAUCCUACAUUUUGUUUUGCAUCUUUCAACACUAAAUUCGAGAAGGAGAUGGUGAAAAGAUCUUACAAAUUUCAAAUCAAAUCUAAAAGACUUGUUGAAUUCCUUCAUACAGCAGAUGCAAUUGACAAAACAAAACAUGAUUACUAUUACCAUGUUGAGCAGCAUCAAAAUUUGAAAUAA